GACUUGAGGAUUUGGGUCAACACUAAUAGCACACUACUAGCUGCAAAAAUCACACCAACCUUAAAUAAAAUAUCAUUUGCGUUUCCUAUUUCUUUCCACAUACACAUAAAUUAUGACAAAGUAGAAUGCAGUGCUAGGAGUAUAAUAUGUUAUAGCCUAAAUGCAUGCAACAAAGUCCAGACAGCAACUCCAGUGGCGGGCGCUUCAACAUGCUUAUAAAUCAACACAGUUUUGAGGAGUAAUAGCACAAACUCGACAAACACCAGAAGGCAAUAGGAAGAGAGCACAAGAGGCCUUCCCCAAGGAUCUCUUUCAGACAGCGAGGAGACGAAAAAUGGGUGCUGGUGGACGUAUGUCCGCUCCUACUGGAAAGAAAACUGAAGCAGAAGCACUCCGACGUGCUCCUCAUGAGAAACCUCCAUUCACUAUCGGAGACCUGAAAAAGGCUAUUCCUGCCCAUUGCUUUGAAAAAUCAGUCAUCACUUCUUUCCGUUACCUCAUCCAGGAUCUCAUCAUGGCCUAUGCCCUCUACUAUGUUGCCACAAACUAUAUAGACCAGUACUUACCCCAUCCUCUUAACUACUUGGGUUGGGCAGCUUACAUUGCUGUUCAGGGCUGUGUCUUGACCGGGGCUUGGGUUGUAGGCCAUGAAUGUGAUCAUGAUGCCUUCAGUGAUUAUGGUUGGGUCAAUGACCUUGUUGGCCUUGUUGUCCAUUCUUCUCUUCUGGUCCCUUACUUCUCUUGGAAAAUUAGCCACCGUCGUCAUCAUGCCAACACUCAGUCCCUUGAGAAUGAUGAGGUUUAUGUCCCAAGAUUCAAAUCCAACAUCAGGAACUACUACAAAAUCAUGAACAACCCACCCGGUCGUGUCCUUGUCUGGCUUAUCACACUCCUCAUAGGCUUCCCUUUAUACUUGAUGUUCAACGUCUCUGGACACAAGUAUGAGAGGUGGACUUCACACUACGAUCCCCACAGCCCUCUUUACACUGAACGCGAGCGCAAGCAGAUCAUUGUUUCUGAUGUUGCAAUCCUUGCUGUUAUCUAUGGCUUAUACAAUCUAGUACUAGCCAAGGGAUUUGUCUGGGUUUUCUGUGUUUAUGGAGGUCCAUUGCUCGUCGUUAAUGGAUGGUUCACAUUGAUCACCAUCCUCAACCAUACUCAUCCUUCUUUGCCUUACUAUGAUUCAACCGAAUGGGAUUGGUUGAGAGGAGCUCUUUGCACUGUGGACAGAGAUUAUGGAAUUUUGAACAAGGUGUUCCACAAUGUCUGUAAUGCUCAUGUUUGUCACCAUAUCUUCUCCAUGAUCCCACAUUACCAUGGACUCGAAGCAACCGAGGCAAUGAAGCCAGUACUGGGAAACUAUUAUCAGUAUGAUGGGACUCCAAUUCUCAAGGCAAUGUACAGAGAAAUGAAGGAAUGCAUUUAUGUCCAAAAGGAUGAAGGUGAGACCAAAGGAGUCUACUGGUACAGAAAGGAAUUUUAGGUCGUUGAGCCUUAUUAUCUAGUGGAAAGAAUAUCUCAUUACCUAUCAUUGCAUUUUCUUCUGUAAUUUUAAAUUAUUGCAAGUCAAUGCAUUAGGUUAAGAAGAUAAAGAGUUAACCAGUAACUCUAUGUAAUAAAAAGAAUUUCUAAUUCCAUUUUGGUUGUUCAAGAA